GUGAUUUUGGCGCUUUCGUGUAUCUUGCGAAUAGUAUGCCAUACAGACCCGUUUGCCACUAAACCUGCAUUAACGACGAGAGUGGGGCAUCCAGCCUUAGUCAAACGGGUUGGCACGUAUGGUCGGGUUGCGAUUUUGGCGCUUUCGUGUAUCUUGCGAAUAGUAUGCCAUACAGACCCGUUUGCCACUGAACCUGCAUUAAUGACGACAGUGGGGCUUCAAGCCUUAGUCAAACGGGUCGACAGGUUUCAUAAUCUCUUAAAGAUUGGAAGGUGACCCUUAGUUACCAUAUAUACCUUCGCAUUGGGCCCCUAAUUUGCUAAAUCCUCGUCUGUUGAUAACAUAAUUAUGCCGCAAUAGUUAUCCUGUCUGGAACUAAGCUGAUUUAAACCACAACACUGUGUGACACUUGCAUUACAUGUGAACGGCCCCUACGCUAAUAUGAUUUUGUUUUUCCCUCCCUGUCUCGUCCUCGACCCCGAGGACAGUGAGACAAACAGACCCAGUUCCGGUAAAUGUGAAAGUCGGCACACCUCUGAUCUACUGGCCGUCCUUCAACGUGAUGCCCAGCUGAUGCCGGACCAACGAUCACCGGCAGAACCCGCUUAAUCUCCGCUUAAUCUCCGCUUAAUCUCCUUAUCCGUUUAUAUGUCUGUAUAUAUAUAUAUAUAUAUAUAUAUAUAUAUAUAUAUAUAUAUAUCCCAAGGGUUUAUUCCUCCUAGGACUUUUUUUAUUUCCCCGGCUAAAAAGCCUGGGUUUUUUUUCUCCUAGGGUUUUUUUUAAAGGGGGGGUUUAAAGGUAUUUCAAGCAUUCUGACUUAUUAACACAGUUAUAGAGUUGUUUCCUCAUGCUAAACGUAGGCAAAGUGUCAAAACCGCAGUUGGGCGCGUUUCAGAGUAUUUCUGUGCCGAAUGCACUUCGCCAGGGUUCGUACAAGUUUCGGCUAGUUUUUUUCGAUUACAGUUCGAACUGACGUUUCAGGGGUUUUCGAAACGUAUCACUUCUUUAUAUGGGCUUCCGGCGGAAAACUUCCCCCGGAAAACCCCGCCCAGCCGUCAGUCAGCGAGAGACGCUAGAGCUUGCUAACAGCUUAUCACGCCACUCAGCUUUGUUUAAUUUCAAAAGUCAACAAUGGCACAACAAGAAGUGUGUUUUUGGAUGUAAGGAGAAGACAUCCAGCCUUAUGGAAACAAUGGAUAUAGUUUAUUAUCCGGAUUAGCAGCGGAGUUUUGCGUGUGUGUUUGAUGCUGUGGAUUUUCAGAACUGGGUCAUGACGAGUUACACGUGGUAUGUAAGACUUCUGUCUUAUGUUGGAAAUAGGCGGGUGUAUAUUAUAUAAAUGACACAAACAUGUAGUGAAUCAUAAGUUAAAACAGUGUUGUAUAGUGUUGCAUGACUCGUACUCGCUCCUCCUGCGGGAGUAACUCCUCCUUCUUCAUUUUUUCGUACGUUAUCGGAAAGAUUCGGUAAAGCUAAUCUUUCUUUUAUAAAUCUGAUUAAACUAAAGACUCUUCAGAGAUAUAAAGGAUGUCAUACUACUCUAUAGGUACUCCAGAUUAACAUCAGAAAUGCAGAAACAGCGUGUGUUACGUGAGCUUUAACCCGGGGAGGCAGCCUUUUUGGGCUUAACUUAGCUUCCUCUUCUAGACGUUACAUUAGUAAUACGCUCGUUUAUAAUGUUGAGUCAUAGCCGCAGCAAAUUUCGUCUUGAACUCUGAUGCCAGUUCAGCCGAGCCUCAGAUGACUGCCAUUUAUUUGGUCAGCGACGGACAAAAGGUUGAUGAAACAGGUGAGUCUACUGUCAUUGUUUUCUUUCCUGUGGUUGGAGUUCAUUUAAUCAAUCACAGAUUCUAACAGUCAAAGUUUUUGUGUUUUUCAUGAUCUGUGCUUUUUGAUUAUAAUAUUAAUACAGAUGAGGUGCUUGGGGUGAGUGGCUUUACCAGCAGGAUGUGCCAAAAAGCCAUGAAUCUGAUGACAAACAGAAGGCUAACAACAAUCUAGAUGAUGCCAAAUUUAAGACUGGCACCAUUCCCAAGACAAAGAGUUUCAUUAAUCCAUAUGAACCCAAGGAGAAGACGGACCCCAACCCUGCCAAUCCCAAGCCAAAGAAGCCAACCUCAUCUACUAGCGAUAAGGUGCCCGGGGCGAUUGGCUUUACCAGCAGGAUGUACCAAGAAAGAGAAGAAACAGGUCACCAUCAACCAAGUUUCAAAAUAAACGUGUAAUCUUUGCAUUAUUAUUGUACUAUUGGAUACAUCUCAGGGUUUCCUGCAUAAAAUUUGUUAGUUAAGGUGGUAGGGUUGGGCAAGUGGGCGGGCCAGAGGGCGUGACAAUCAAAUAGGCGGGGCGUAUGCGUCAUGAUGAGAAUUAAAAUAUUUUUAUUUAAAACACUCAAAUAAAACUCAAUUUCGAAGAAACUAAGUGAAACUAAAGGGUUAAUCAACACAAACUAAAGCAGAUGUUGUAGAACGUCAGGCGAACAAUGAUAGAUGGCGCAAAAAUGGUAAAAACUGAUUAUUUCCUACUAUUAAUAACAUUAUCUUAAAGGAGUGUAACUACUGUAGCAUGUAAAUAUUUGCGCAUAAAUAAAGUGAGCAAGAGCGCUCAACAAUUAUAUCUAAUCAACAGGCACGUGAAACCCAGCUAGCAGGUUGCUCAAACAACAAAAUCACCAGCUAACUUACUUUAAAUUUGCAAGAACUAUAGACUAAUACAAUAACAGGCUUAAAUAAACCCAAAACAUAAGUCCUCUUACAGUUCUCACGGACACGCGUUUUAUCAACUGGCUAUCCUCCAGACAUGACGGACCACGUCUUUAUCUCAUUUCGGCCGCGUGGCACGCGUUCACGCUCGUGGUGUGAAGCGCGUCCGCGCUAUUCUCCGAGAUGUUUUAUCAACUGGCUAGUUAUCCUCCAGACAGUGACGGUCCGGACCACAUCUUUCUCAUUUCGGCCGUGUGGCACGCGUCCCCGCUUGCGUGUACGCGCUAUUCUCUGAGAUGCACUUGACGGCCUUUUGUGCUGCGAAUUUAUUAUUUUUUAUGGACAACCUAGUUAAGGCGGUAGGGUUUCCAAGCUUAGGCGGGCCGCCUGAACUGAAAUGUGCUGCGGGAAACCUUGCAUCUAUACUGAUGCUAUUUAACUCAGUCACUGACUGUAGUGCAUGACUGUAGCUUUCAGCCAGGAGAAGAUGUCAUCAGGUGGAGUCCAACUUUCACGGGGUGUUUCGACCCUGAAUCACAACACCCUCCAGUUGGCGGGUCUGCAGUGGUGGCCAGUCACUGCCCAUCUCCUCCUGGCCCCCAGCUCAACUCCUCCCUCCUGCUCCAGAGCCAGCACAAUGCUCUUUCUGCUGCCUCACCCAACCAACGGACAGCUGCCUUCCUCUCCCUUCCUGCUAUACCCAGAGCUGUGAGCGUCUUCCACACAGACCGUGCCGGCAAACCCCUACACCCGACGUCGACCGGGAAUAGCCAGGUCUGCCGACCUUUGGCUCAUAGGCCUCCUCGCACCCGUCUUCCCAUGGGACCAUCAGUUCAAUCAUAAUUAUCUUCCUUGCCUCUUCAGAACAUAAGACCAUGUCUGGCCUCAGCAAUGUUUGCACAACCUGGGGGAAGACUAGUCUUCUUCCCAGGUCCACCCUCAUCUCCCAGGAUUGUGCUGCUUGCAAGAGGCUCUUUUUACUCGUCUUGGGGUAUGGUGGUUUCUCCCCUUCCCUGAUGAACUGAAUGGAUCUCACUGGCCUUGAACUGGGCUGGUGCUUUUUCUGCCUCUCCCGCUCCAAGAUGCCAGCCAGUGCACUAAGAACCUUGUCAUGAUGCCACCUGUAUCUUCCUUGGCUAAGAGCUGUCUUGCAUCCUGCCAGUAUGUGUGCCAUUGUUCCCCUCCCUCUGCAUAACCUACACAAUGGGUCCUCCCUCAUUCCCCAUCUGUGGAGGUUUGUUGGGGAUGGAAGAGUGUCGUACACUAAACAGAGCAGGAAAGAAAUGCGAAAGGGCUCCAGUCUCUAGAUCUCAGGCCACGUGAUCUUCCGCUUUGACAGGUCCCACUUUGUCCAGGCACCUUGCGCUCCAAGCUCGACAGCCCUAGACCUGCCCCUUCUUCCUCCAGGUGUCGGACCUCGGCUUGGAUCAUGUCCCUCCUCUGCCUUGGGUCUGCUUUUCCCCACUGCUGGAAGUGGUUGGAUCCAAGUCCAUGUCUCCCUACGCAUGGGUUCCCGAUGAUGUCCUUCAGCUUCAAAGCACUUUCAGUUUGCGCCACUGAUGUGUCAUUUCCACACACUUAAUUGGGUUUUCCUCAAGUGAUGGAUUCGUCUGCCCCUGUAUGCGCAACUGGAACUUGCUGGUCACUUUCCCACUUCUGAUCACCAUGCUUCUUGAUUUCCUUGGCUUGAACUUCAUCCGGGCCCAUGUUGCCACAUCAUCAAGAACCUUCAGGAUCCAUCUUGCUUGCACAUGGGUUAAAGUUGUUAUAGUAAGGUCAUCCAUAAAGCCUCUUAUUAGAGGUUGGCUGGUGCCAGACUCCAUUAGUGGCCCUCUGGAUUCCUUUCCUGCAGCUGUUAUGAGCAGGUUCAUUCCCAUGACAAACAGGAUGGGGAGAUGUUGCAGCCUGUCACAAUUCCUUUUUCAAGGUCCUGCCACCGAGUUGUGAAGUGGGCAGUUUUGUAUGUUAUCAAAACAAGUUUGUGAAAAACAUUAAUUUAUGUAAUCUUUUAUUUAUUUAAAUAUAGUGCUUAUUGCUGUAAUUAGAAAUUUGUAGACAUAUAUGAUAUGUAUUUUAUCUUAAUUUUAUCAGAAGGCUGACAAUAAUCCAAAGACUGGCACCAUUCCCAAGGCAAAGGCUGGCACCGGUGUUGGCAAUCCAGUUCAAAAACCUAUUGUUAUUCCAUGUAGUAUCAUAGUGAAGACCUGCGGUUCCCAAGAAGACGGCUCGUUUUCAUCCACCUGAUACCAAGGUGAAGGCAGACCCCAAACCUGCCAUCCCUAAGAAGAUGCCUGUUUUUUAUCAGCGUGAUACCAAGGUGAAGGCAGUAACCAAACCUGCCAUUCCCAAGAAGACAGCUGUAGGUAAUCCACAUGAUACAGAGGUGAAAGCAGAUAGCGAGUAGGUCGAUCCGGCACACAGUGCGUCUACUGUUAUGAUUACUCUAAAUUGGUGGAUCUUAAUGAUGUGUUGAUGCCCUCUAAUGAAUAUUAUUAUAUUAAUAAAUAAAAUAGAAAUAUUAUUAAAUAAAACACCUUUAUUAUAUUUACAUUACUUUGUCUCCUGCUUGCUGUUUUUCCCUUCAUCUUUGUAUCUGACUCAUGGUUGAUUUGAAGUAUUACCUCACUACAAAGUUAAUAUUAGAGUAUAGAUUUAGUCAUUUUCUGAUGGGGAGAGACAUCUAAUGACAUCUGUGCGCGCUGUUUCUGUGUGAGGGGAAUAAGCCAGUCGCGCAUUCGCUUCUCUUUGAGCUUGUGAGUAUUUUUGCCGCUUUAUUGGCCUUAAAUACACAUAAGGUUAUGCGUCAAAAAUCCCGUCUUUGCAAGUAUCCUCAAACACGACCAUUUAGGGCUUAGGAGAAAGUAAACAGCAGAAAAAAGGGUAAGUUACAUUUUUUACCUUUACUAAAAUAUUGUUUAUUAUCCUUAUUUCAUCACUGACUGUUUAUCCUUAGUGAGCUUGAAUUUUGUUCUUGUGUAAUAUACACAAGUUGCGCACAAUGCGUUGUUUUAAGUGCAUAACAUUGCGCAUAAAAAGCACCUCAGCUCUGCCUCUAUUGUAAAAUAAUAAUUUGUUGAUAAAGGGUACAGUCAUUUAAUGUACAACUGUCACUAUGAUUACAGGCAUCCUGUGUGAAUUGUACACGAGUUUUAUUCGAGUUGCUCGUUCAGGGUUUAUAUUUAUACAUAAAGUUACUGUAUUAGAGCUGUGACUGUAAGCUGUUGUGUGAGCAGUACUGUUACGUACGCUGUGUUAUGCAAGUGUUUUGUUGCUGCAUAUGUGUGCGUGUCUGUAUGCUGUGUUUCAGGUGUGGAUUCUGAUUUGACGGUCCAUCUGUCAAUCUGCGGGCGUAAGGGUCUGACGUCACGGAUCGCGCCACCAAUCGCUGCUCACGGAGCUGUUUAUGAAUGGCUCAAACUUCAAUGGCGGGAGCUAAAUUCAGGUGAAAAUAGGGGUAGAGAUGUCAAGUCAGUAUACGAUUGAAAAUGGUACGCCUCAAGGUAGUGUUAUAAGUCCAUUGUUGUUUAUCAUAAUGAUUAAUGAUGUAUUUGUACAGGGACAAGAAGAUAUUGGUAGAUCUCUAUUUGCUGAUGAUGGGGCAGUGUGGAAAAGGGGAAGGAAUGUGGAGUAUGUUAUAAGAAAGGUGCAGGGUGAGAUUGAUAAAGUUGCAGAGUGGGGAUAUGAUUGGGGGUUUAGAUUUUCAAUAGAUAAGACAAAAACAGUCUUUUUCACCAGGAAAAGAAUACAAGAAGACAAGAAGUUACGGUUAUAUGGUAGAGAGAUAGAACGGUUAAGCUCAUUUAAAUUUUUGGGGGUGACAUUUGAUUCAAGAUUAACAUUUGCGGAGCACAUUAGGAGAGUGGAGGGAAAGUGCAAGAAGGUAGUAAAUGUGAUGAGAUGUUUAACAGGAAGAGAAUGGGGAGCUAGUUGCUCUUCUCUUAAAAGUAUUUAUGUGGCUUUAAUAAGAUCAGUGUUGGACUAUGGUAGUAUAGUAGUGGGAUCAGCGGCCAAAUCCCUGAUCAAGAAAUUGGAGGUGGUACAGACUCAAGCACUGAGAGUAUGUUGCGGAGCUUUCAAGACAUCACCAGCUCCAGCCUUACAAGUAGAAAUGGGUGAAAUGCCGUUGGAUUUAAGAAGGGUACAUUUGAUGGCUAAUUAUUGGGUUAGUCUGAAUGGGCACAAUGAUACCCAUCCCACAAAAGCAGUAUUGAAGGAGUGCUGGGAGAAUGAUCGAAAUGUAAGGGAAAAUUUUGGGAGGAUUGGAAAUAAAAUAGCUGAAGAUUUAGGUAUACUUAAUGUGAGACUAAGUCCUACAGUAGUUUUCCCAGCAUUAGCUCCAUGGAAGAUGAUGUGGCCAGAGGUAGACUGGUUUGUCUUAGAAGAAAAAAGGAAAGCGAGGGAGGAAAUUGAUUUAGUGAGUGUAUUUAAGAAUCGAGUAGGAGAAGAAUAUGGUAAUUUUAUUCAGAUCUAUACAGAUGGGGCAAAGGAUCCUGAGACAGGAGUUACAGGAUUUGGAGUAGCAAUACCAGGGCAACAGAUUGAAAUCAGUAGAAGAACAUCGGACAAGUUAGGGGUUUACACUGUAGAAAUGUUGGCAAUAUUGGAGGCAUUACGGUGGAUGGAGAAGAAGGAACAGGUAAAGGCGUUGAUUUGCUCGGACUCGUCUUCAGUUUUAGGAAGCUUAAGAUCGUUUCUAUCAAAAAGUAGACAAGAUAUUCUGUAUGAUGUUUUGCAGCUAAGCACAAAUAUAGUCGGUAAGGGCAGUCAGGUCAAGUUUAUGUGGGUUCCAGCUCAUGUGGGGAUUAGGGGUAAUGAGAGGGCAGAUAAACUAGCAAAAAUGGCAUUAUUGAAAGAAAAUAUAGAAAUGCAAAUUAGCCUUAGUAAAUCAGAGGUUAAGAGCAUAGUAUGGGAGAAAAUAAAUCAAAUGUGGCAGGUAAGGUGGGAUAGAGAGGAGAGGGGGAGACAGUUAUAUCAAAUUCAGAAUAGUGUCAAAGGAAAUAGGUUGGUAGGUGGUAAUCGAAGAAGAGAGGAAAUAGUGAUAACAAGGUUAAGGUUGGGUCAUUGUAUGUUAAAUAAAACUCUUAAAAUGAUAGGCAAACAUCAAACAGGAUUGUGUGAAGAAUGUCGAGUGGAGGAAUCAGUAGAACAUGUAUUAUUAGACUGUCCGAGUUAUAUAGAACAAAGAGACAAAAUGAGUAGUGAUUUUAGGGAGAUAGGAGAACAGGAGUUCACUUUAAAAAGUUUGCUGGGUGAUAAUGAUAGGGCAAAGUUUAGGGUACUGAUGACUUUUCUGAAGGAGACAGGGCUAUAUAAUAGGAUUUGAGAUAGAUAUAGGGGGAAAGGAGGGAGGUAAUGUAGGAUUAGAAAGGUGUUUAUUAAAUUUUUUUUUAUUUUUUAUUUUAUUUUUUUUUAUUUUUUUUUUUAUUUUAUUUUUUUUAUUAAUGUGUGAGUAUAUAUGUCAUUAAAAAGUAUAGAGUAGACCUAUUAUCAGGUCCAUAUUCCGGAACAGAGGGGGCGGUAAUGCUCCAUUAAGCUGGUUGCCAACCGCCGGUAAAAAAGAAAGAAGAAGAAGAAGAAGAAAAUGGCGGGAGCUCAAAGACAAACUCUGGGUUGGGGAGAGACGUUGCGUUUGUCGUGCUCGCUUGUUUGGGGUUUCUGUGUUUAAUUCAUGCUUGAUUUGAAACGUGAAUGUUACGAUUGAUGUACCUGUAAAAUCUCACGUCCCGCUCUAAAUGCGGCGAGUGUUUGUUUGGGGCUCCUGUCUUUAAUUCAUGCUUGAUUCGAAACGCGGAACACCGGCCGCGGUACCGGUGAAACGUACACUUAAUCAUGUCCUUCUGUGGAGAUGUGUAGCCUGGUUGGAGAGGUCGUGAGUCAGGUAAGCAGGUCGCGACCUACAUUUGCACGUAGUCGUUUCAUCAUGUAUUAGACACACUAGCAUAAACGAGUGGAGCUAAUUAUGUAUGUUUUGUUUUGUUAGAUAGUAUGGUUUAGUUAUAGCGUCUUGCACGCUGAAGAUGUUUCUUUCUACAUUUUCUUUUGUUAGUUAGUUUAGCUUUCUACUCCUUAGUUAGUUUUCCUUAUGGUUAUAUUUGGUUCUUUGAUUUAAGCUCCACUCUCUCGCUCCUUCCUCUCCUCCAGUUUGUCAAUGUUUGUUUGUUC